AGCAAAACUUUACUCAUGGCUUCCACAGCUGGAGCACAAGAGAGAGUUGCUGAGACAGAGAAGCCUGUAACAUUACAGUUUAGAGGGAAAAUGUUUACUGUGUCCUACAGUCAAUUCUGUCAGCUUAUUGACAGACAGUCUCUGAAGCAUCAAGACAGUGGAUGACCUGAGUACUAAACCUAAAUCAGCAUCUACACUUUCGUGUCCAACUCAGCUUUAUCUGGUCAAAAUAGAUUCAGAAAAGAAUUUUGAAUGUAAAGGGUAUCUUAGAAGAAAAAAAGACAACUAAAGGAAUGCCUGGACAAAAUAUAUUCUUGGAAUGAGCGUUGUUGCUCCAGAACCCCCCUGUAUGGCAGAGACCUGUUGGAAACUUGCUCUUGGAUCAGGGAAAGAAAAAUCUCUCAGCACUGUUCUGCCAGGAUUAACAAGUGGUGCUGGGCUGGCUUUGUAAAUUGCCUUCCCUAUCCCAGUACUGCAGAGGUUCUGAAGGAUCCACUGCAGGAACUCAUUCUGACAGUGAAGCAGCAACAGAUCUCCCUGAAGGAUGUUAUUAUGAGAGAUCUGUGCGUGUUGCCAGCUGUAGCUGUCGCUCCUCCAUGUUUGUAUGUGACCCAUCCUCCUCACACAUAUACCCAUGGAUUGAAGCUCUUGAAGUCUAAUCUCAAGGCACAGCUCCUUCCCUACUCCCACUCAGUGCAGCAGACAGCAAGGCCUCGUUCUGUGCAGUUCCCAGAUCCCCGACUGGUGCAGUGGGACUCAGGCAAGAUGGAAGCUCUGGCUGUCUUGCUUCAGAAGCUGAAAGCAAGAGGAGAGCGAGUGCUGAUAUGGACCCAGAUGAUUCCAAUGCUUGAUAUCCUGGAGCUUUUCCUGAACCUCCAUCUCCUCACGUACGUACGAGUCGGUGAGAGUGGUGCUCACAGCUGGCAUUAUCUGGAAUCCAUAAAAAACUUCAACCAAGACAAGAGGAUCUUCUGUGCUAUCCUUUCUUCCCACACUCCUUCCAUGGGUGUCAGUCACACAGAUGUGAACGCUGUUGUCUUCUAUGGCACUGAUUUGGAUCUGCUGGUGGACACAAAGGCUGAGGAAUGGUGUGCUAAAAUUGCAAGAGGCAGAGAUAUCCACAUAUACAGGCUUGUAAGUGGUAAUUCUGUCGAAGAGAGGCUGUUGAAAAAAGGUAUUAAACAUUUGAUUCAAGAACUGGCUGCUCAGGGAGACGAUUGUUCAACAGGCUUUUUAUCUCAGGUUCUUUGCUCUGAAUGUGGAAAUGAGGAUUCUAGAAAGUUUACAGAAGAGGCACUGUCUGAGCUAAGAAAUGACCCAGAUUCAGAGCUGUAUGAUUCAAGAAACACCAUGGAUCCUUCUCAGUUAGAACAGCUGGCUAGCUUGGUGGGUCAGGUAUGGUGACUUCUCUUGUUUUAUGGAAACCUUUAGAAAUAUUUGGGAUUUCCUGUGCAACAAUCAAGUGGCUUUCAUGAAGUACCUUAUUUCCAAUCUAUUUACAUUGAAGAGUUCUGUGCAAACUUAAAUAUUGAAACGUUCCUGGGAGGUAAUUUGAGCUUGUUGAUAGAUCUGUUCAUGUACCAAAGCACUUAAGUCACCAAAUGUUCUCCUGAGGAUUGUAAAGUAUAUUGGACUAAAUGCACUUCAUGAUAUAUAAAGUGAUAUAAAACCAGUUUACAGCUCUGUGCUUUGCAGAUACUUGUGAUUUUUCUUACAAGGACUAGGAUCUGAUUCUUCUUA